GCGGCGCCAUUUUGGAGGCUCGCGACGCCUCAGCCGCCCGGAGCCGCCUCAGCGCCGACAUGAGCGUGGUGGAGCACGUGCGGGAGAUGGCGGCCGCCGGGCUGCACUCCAACGUGCGCAUCCUCAGCGGGCUGCUGCUCACCAUGAGCGGCAACAACCCGUGAGUCACGGGGCGGGGCGCCCGUUGGCGGUUGACCGUUGACGGUUGGCCGUUGGCCGCGCCCCCCUGUCCCUGCUCCUCCCCCGGGGCUGGAUCGUCCCGUGCGCUGUGGGGGCUGCACUUGGAGCGAGGGUCUGGCAGGGAGCCCCCAAAAUGGUUGAAGGGCUGGGGGAAACAGCUCAUCCUGAGAGACUUCUGUUGCCCUUCUCAAAACAGAGGUUGAGCACGGCCUGGGCUAGGAGUUAUUCUCCCCUUCUCAAAAGUACCAGCUGCUUGUGUAUCAUGCAGACUCCCUCUUUCAUGACAAGGAGUAUAGGAAUGCUGUAAGUAAGUAUACAAUGGCCUUGCAGCAGAAGAAGGCUUUAAGUAAAACUUCAAAAGUUAGACCCUCUACUGGGAAUGCUGCAUCAACUCCACAAAGUCAGUGUCUGCCAUCUGAAAUUGAAGUGAAAUAUAAAAUGGCUGAGUGUUACACAAUGUUGAAGCAAGAUAAAGAUGCCAUUGCUAUCCUGGAUGGAAUUCCUUCAAGACAAAGAACCCCAAAGAUUAACAUGAUGUUGGCAAAUUUGUACAAGAAGGCAGGUCAGGAACGGUCAUCUGUUACAAGCUAUAAAGAAGUGCUGAGGCAGUGUCCUCUAGCGCUUGAUGCUAUACUAGGUUUGCUCUCCCUCUCAGUAAAAGGUGCAGAAGUGGCCUCUAUGACAAUGAAUGUAAUUCAGAGUAUCCCCAACUUGGACUGGCUUUCAGUGUGGAUCAAAGCAUAUGCUUUUGUGCACACUGGAGAUAACACCAGAGCAAUCAACACCAUCUGCUCAUUAGAGAAAAAGUCUUUGCUGAGGGAUAACGUGGAUCUGUUGGGGAGCUUGGCAGACCUGUACUUCAGAGCUGGAGACAAUAAAAAUUCAAUUCUAAAAUUUGAACAGGCACAAAUGCUGGACCCUUAUCUGAUAAAAGGGAUGGACGUCUAUGGCUAUUUAUUGGCACGUGAAGGUCGCCUAGAAGAUGUGGAGAACUUGGGCUGCCGACUCUUCAAUAUAUCUGACCAGCACGCAGAGCCAUGGGUUGUGUCUGGGUGCCAUAGUUUCUACAGUAAGAGAUAUUCUCGUGCCUUGUAUUUGGGAGCCAAAGCUAUUCAGCUCAACAGUAAUAGUGUCCAAGCAUUACUGCUGAAAGGAGCUGCUCUUAGGAACAUGGUGCGAGUCCAGGAGGCAAUUAUACACUUCCGGGAGGCAAUACGUCUUGCACCUUGCAGGCUGGACUGUUACGAAGGCCUCAUUGAAUGUUAUCUUGCAUCUAACAGUAUCCGUGAAGCAAUGGUUAUGGCUAACAAUGUAUACAAAACCCUGGGAGCAAACGCGCAGACACUUACGCUGUUGGCAACAGUCUGUCUUGAAGACCCGGUUACACAAGAGAAAGCAAAAACCUUAUUAGAUAAAGCACUGACACAGAGACCUGAUUACAUUAAAGCCGUGGUAAAGAAAGCAGAACUUCUUAGCAGAGAACAGAAAUAUGAAGAUGGAAUUGCUUUGCUGAGGAAUGCACUGGCUAAUCAGAGCGACUGUGUGCUGCAUCGAAUACUGGGAGACUUUCUUGUAGCUGUCAAUGAAUAUCAGGAAGCUAUGGACCAGUACAGUAUUGCCCUCAGCUUGGAUCCCAAUGAUCAGAAGUCUUUAGAAGGAAUGCAGAAAAUGGAAAAGGAAGAGAGUCCAACAGAUGCAACCCAGGAAGAGGAUGUGGAUGAUAUGGAAGGAAGUGGAGAAGAAGGGGAUUUGGAGGGCAGUGAUAGUGAAGCAGCACAGUGGGCAGAUCAAGAGCAGUGGUUUGGCAUGCAGUGAAUCUCCCUAACAGGCAUGUUUCAGCACUUGUGUCCCACGAGCUCCAUUCUUUUCUGAAGAACUUAGACUUCAGUUUUUGUAGUAACAGCCCAGCCUCUCUCUGAAAGUAGCAGACUCUGGAAUCACUUAAUAGUUAAAAGCAUCUCAGUUCUGAUCAUGUUUUGGAUGCUUCCUAUUUAUUAAGUAUGAGAUUGAGAUUGAACUCAUCUGUGCUGGAGAUGAUUUGUAAGUGGUUUUUAAAGUUUUUUUUCUUUCUAAAACUAUAGACACUUAACUGUGUAAAACAUUUCAUUGUUAGGGUUUGAAACGAUGUCACAGUUGUGUUCAAAACUAAAUGUUCUUGAUCCCUAGUUGCAAAUGUAAAUACAGGUUCUCUUUAU